CAUAGCGUCUCCGUCCCGCAGACUGUCACAGUAUCGCGGCUAGGCUUCACGUCAGGAGAGCUGUCACUGCUGUUGCACUGCUGAAGCUCAGAAAACAGUCGCAAUGGCAACGGAACUUUUUGAUAAACAGAAGACCAUCGAUCUCAGGAGGAAGCACAUAGGGCCGUCCUGUAAGGUGUUUUUCAGUCAUGAUCCCAUCAAGAUCGUACGCGCCCGGGGUCAGUACAUGUACAACGAGAAGGACGAGAAAUACCUGGAUUGUAUCAACAAUGUGGCGCAUGUGGGCCACAGCCACCCAGCGGUGGUGAGUGCGGGGGCCAAGCAGAUGGAGCUGCUCAACACCAACUCGCGCUUCCUGCAUGACAACCUGGUGCAGUACGCACAGAGGCUGCAGGCCACGCUGCCCGACAAGCUCUCCGUCUGCUACUUCGUCAACUCAGGGUCUGAAGCCAAUGAUUUGGCCCUGCGCCUCGCCUGGCAGUACUCAGGCCACAAAGACAUCAUCACGCUGGACAAUGCGUACCACGGUCACGUGUCGUCCCUGAUCGAGAUCAGCCCUUACAAGUUCCACCAGCUGGCAGACAGGGAGCAGAACCCGCACGUGCACACGGCUCUGAGUCCGGAUGUCUAUCGAGGGAAGUUCAGGGAGGACCACCCUGACCCGGCCACCGCCUACGCAGACGACGUCAAAGACAUCGUCAACAAAGCCCACGAAAAGGGACACAAGAUUGCUGCUUUUAUCGCUGAGUCUCUGCAGAGCUGUGGAGGCCAGGUCAUUCCCCCCGCUGGCUACUUCCAGAAAGUGGCACAGCACGUGAGGAAGGCCGGGGGCGUCGUCAUCGCCGACGAGGUGCAGGUGGGCUUCGGCCGCGUGGGCACACACUUCUGGGCCUUCCAGCUGCAGGGAGACGACUUUGUGCCCGACAUCGUCACCAUGGGCAAACCCAUUGGCAACGGGCACCCCAUGUCCUGCGUGGUCACCACCAGGGAGGUGGCAGAGGGCUUCACCGCCUCAGGGAUGGAGUACUUUAAUACGUUUGGUGGUAACCCAGUGUCCUGCGCCAUCGGGAUGGCGGUUCUGGAUGUGAUUGAGCAGGAGAACCUCCAGGGCAACGCUCUGGAGGUGGGCACCUACCUCACACACCUCCUGGAGGAGAUGAAGGAGAAACACCCGCUGGUGGGAGAUAUACGGGGCCGUGGCCUGUUUGUUGGGGCGGAGCUGGUGAGAGACAGAGCAAAAAGAACACCCGCUACAGCUGAAGCACAGGAGGUCAUAUACAGGCUGAAGGAGCAGCGAAUCCUCCUGAGUGCUGACGGGCCUCACCGGAACGUUCUCAAGUUCAAGCCGCCCAUGUGCUUCUCCAGAGAGGAUGCUGAGCUCGCCGUGGAGAAGAUCGACCAGAUCCUUACAGACAUUGAAGCUGCGCUGGGGAUGACUCUGCCUGAUACAGCUGUGUCGGAGCACGGCAGCAGCAAAAGGAAGGCCCACGGCGAGGAGAAUGGCCACCACAUGUACUCAAACGGGAAAGGCCACAGCCUGGCCCCCGCAGCCAAGUCCACCAAGAGGAUAAGAACAUGAGGGGGAGGAAGGCUUGCCUGAGGAGUUUCCGUGUGUUUCCCUAAAGAGUUGUUAUGCAGUCACCAUGGUUUCAAACGACUGUCGUUAAAUUGCACAAUGCUUUUGGGGAAACACAUCCCAGUUCCAUGGAAACACGUGUCAGAGAAGCCAGAGUGUAUUUGUGUUGAUAGGACAUAAUUCCAGCCAAUUCUUUUUUUUUUUAUUAUUGAUGUUAUUAUUGAUAUUAUGUUAUCGUUCACUUUCAUGUUUUUAUGGAGAAAACAGGUGCUUGAAUUAUGAAUUUAAAAUGAAAUAUUCCAUGAUCCCAUAUCUUUAUUUCUUUUACAUGUAAUCAUUUUCUCUUUUAUUGUGGUUUUGGUCCCCUCCCCAUCCCUUAGCAAGAGGUGUGUGCCCAUCACCAGAUUUAAACUCACCGGGUGUGUACAGAGUGACACUGUGUUUACACUGUGUUCAGCCAGAAGAACUCCUUGACAUGUUGAAGAGACAUUCUAGAACAUUCUAGAAGGUCUGUCUGGGGCAAACUAGAUCAGCUGCUUGCUUUGUCUGCUGCUUGAAAAUGCUUGUUGAACUUGAACCAUCCAGCUUAUGCCAUGCAUAGGCUACCAUUUCCAGACUGACCUUGAAUGGCCAGUGUUUCUAACGGCAUGUCUUUCUCCUGUACUUUUCUCUUUUGAAUGUGACAGUAAAUCCUGCCUUAAAACAUAACAAAAUAAACCGGGGAGAUUUGUUGAAA